UCAUGGUCCAACCCAACAUUGGCGACGCUGUAUCGAGGGGUGGAAUGACUACCUCAUCAUGGGAGAAAUAUAUGUAUCUACGUUAUUUUAAGUAUUUUGAAAACAAAGGCCCCAGUAUGGAUACAAACGAUGUCCAAAUCUGUUAAGAUUUUCCUCUGUGGCCAUGAAGGUGUUUGUUUGCGCACGGAUCUGCCAAGACCUCAGCGUCCUGGAGCCACGUUUGGACAAGUGAACUAACCCCUUCUGAACCGCCUGCAUCCAUUUGCCUUCGCUUGUUUCUUGCCACACACACACACACACACACACACACACACACACACACACACACACACGAAAACACAUACCCAUACAGACCCAUCCACCACCCACCACCACCAGGAGAAGAAGAUGAACAGCUCUCCAAAACUGGUCGGGGAGACCCUCAUCGUGCACCACAUCCCGCUGGUGCACUGCCAGGUGUCCAGCAGCAGGGGGCAGUGCUGCGGCGGCGGCGGCUCGGUGAAGCGCGGCAGCCCGUUCAGCCCGCCCGAGAACCUGGGCCUGAGCCGCACCACCUCGCUGCCCGAGCGCGACGUCCUGCUGCACGCGCCGCUGGUCUACAGCAGCCUCAUCCAGACCUCCAGCAGCAGCAGCAGCAGCAGCAGCAGCAGCAACGGCAGCCACAGCUCCGCCAGCGACACGGGGCCCGGGGGCGGGGGCGGGGUCGUGGUGGAGGAGGUCGGGGGAGAGGACGGGAGGCAGGAGGGAGGAGGGGGGCAAGGAGGUGAACGAGGAGGAGGAGGAAGAGGAGGGCAAGGUAGCGGUGGGAGCAUGACCAGAGAUGCCUCCUUCACGUCAAGCACCUCUGAAGAGCCUUCUAACCGGCGCGAUGGGUGCGGGUUCAAGCAGAGGGAGAGGAACAGCCGGCUGCGCCACAACCCUUUCCUCCUGAACAGGGAGGAGGAAGAGGAGGAGGAAGAGGAGGAGGACGAUGACGGGGACAACCUGAACGGUUACCUGGAGGACUCGUCCUUCCACCUGCACGGCAGCACCAACGACGCCCUCAACAACGAGACGGGGAUGGGCCGUCCCUUCCACCUGCACGACUACCACCCCGAGCCGUUCCUCCUGCACGGCAACCAGGGCAAGCCGUUGUACUCUUCCUCAGGCGGAGGAGGAGGAGGAGGAGGAGGAGGGUCCAGGAGGCUGACCCGGAGCAGCGACGGUUGCCGGGGCGGGAGUUUCGAGUUCUCCUCCUCGGCUCUGGACAGCCUGGGCCUCCUGGCGCUCGGCAGCCAGCGUCGCCACGGCAGCAGCGGCUCCACCCUGUCCAUGGACUGCGGCGAGCACGACUGGGGGGAGGACGACGAGGACGAGGAGGAGGAGGAGGAGGACGAAGAUCAGCCCAUGCGGAGCGGCCGCAGUUCCAGCGGCUCCAGCGGCCUGCUGGCUCAGCGCUGCUCGUGCUGCAGCCUGUCCCAGCCGCCGUACCCCGAGCCCUUCAGCGACGCCUUCCCCGACUGCUACCCGCCGCUGGGCUACUACGCCAGCGACUCGUCCUGCAACAGCUCGGACGGCGUGCUGGUCAACUUCAGCACCAUCUUCAACAAGAUGAACAAUGUCACCCCCAACACCACCACCACCGCCACCACCACCGUCGCCUCCUCCACCAACGCCACCACGGCCCCCACCGCCACCAAACCCCGCCUGAACCUCAACAGCUCCUCCGGGCCGCCAUGCACCUCCCUACCUCCGGGGGGCAGCGUCGGGGUGGAGUGCGCGCAUGGCGGUGGCGGCGGUGGGGCCUUCUACCUGGACCUGCACACCUCGCCCACCGACCCCCCCGAGGCAGGAGGCCGCACGGGAGGCGCCCCCGUCCUCCACGACCCGACCAGCCUGUCCCAGCAGCUGGACCCCCUGGAGCUGGACGCCAACUGCAACUCGUACCACCCCCUCCAGCCACAGCCGGGCGGCGAGGACGGCCUCUCAUUGGUGGAGGCCUCCGGCGAGGGCGACGCCACGGCCCAGCACGAGAGCCAGGCCCGGCUGGUGGUGGCCACGCAGAACUACUACAAGCUGGUGACCUGCGACCUCUCCUCGCAGUCCUCGCCCAGCCCCGCCGGCUCCUCCGUCACCAGCUGCUCCGACGAGCACAGCAAGGGCAGCCCCACCCAGCCCGCCGAGUAUUACCUCUUCAGACAGCACCAGGAGGAGGGGGAGGAGGAGGAGGAGGAGGACGAGGAGGAGGAGAAUGAGCGGGAGGAUGAGUUCAGAAUCUGCCAGGGGGAGGCCCAGUCAGACGAGAGGAGGCAGCCAAAGAUGGGUACAUCGGCGUCCGACCAGAACCUCAUCGAGGGCCAGGUGUACGUCAACAUCUCUUCGCCCGUCGGCCAGCUGGCCAGCGGGGCCGUGGGCCGCCCUCGCUCCCGCAGCUACGACCGCAACCUGGACAAGUCGCCGUCGUCCCGCGUGGGCUCGCUGGAGCGCAUGCUCAGCUGCCCGAUGCGUCUGAGCGAGGGCGCCGCGCCGAGCCCCGCCCCGCCGCCCCGCGUCACCUCGUUCGCCGAGAUCGCGCGCAACAAGCGGAGGACCGUCGGCGGAGCGGCAGGGGCCGGAGGCUCUCCGUGCCUCCACGCGCACUCCACGCACUCCCAGUCCUCGUGCGAGUUCUCCCCCAUCCUGGAGGGCCAGAGCCACAGCCUGCCCCCGCUCACCCGCUGCUACAGCCAGGGCAGUUGCGACACUUCCCCGCCUGGCCACCGGGGCGGCGCUCUGAGGGACUCACCUGGAGGACGAGAGGCUCGCACCAAAGCUGAAGGAGGCUUGUCGUCGUCGGCGGACGGCUCCGCGGCGGUGGUGCGCUACAGCAAGGACCAGCGGCCCACCACGCUGCCCAUCCAGCCCUUCACCUUCCAGCACCAGUUCCAGAAGAGCCAGAAGCCCCUGCUGCCGCUGCUCAGCGAGUACAUGAGCCACAUGCAGGCGCGCGGAGCCGGCGCCGGCGCCCCGCCGGAGGGAGGAGAGGACCAGGCGGCCGAGGACCAGCGGCGGCAGCAGGGGCAGCAGGGGCAGCAGCAGCACCCAGCGCCCACCUCCGUGCGGCCCUCGCCGCUGGGCAGCUACUCGCCCGUGCGUCUGCAGGGGGUGGCCAGCGUGAGCAGCUGCUCCACGUGCAGCCCGAGCCCCGAGUGCUGCGCCGCGGCCUCCUCCUCCUCCGCCGCCGUCGUCGUCGUCGGCCGGUGCAACCGGCCCCCGCGCAGCCUCUCCUGCCCCGUCUCCGCCGCUCUCGGCCACAGUCCCCCUCCUGGCACCGCCGCCACCGCCGCCACCGGUGCCCAGGCCAAACACGGGGCCUUGGUGCCCUCGCCACCUGCAGCGUCCGCGGCGAAGAAGAAGAGCCCGGCGUCCGCUGGCAGAGCGGGCGGCUGCGUCCAUCGCGCCAGCCUGCCGCCGCUGUCGUCCUUGGCCUCUCUGCCCAGCGCUGGCAUGGACACGCUGGAGUCCCUGGAGAGGAAUCAGCACGAGAGCAUCAAGAACAUCAUGCCGACCUACGGCGCUGCCCGCCCAGCCAACGUCCUUUCAUCUCUCACCGCCCUCUCCUCCAUCAAUAUUUUUAAUUCUAUCCAUCUUUCUAUGGAUCCAUCCGCCUCCUCUCCUCCACCUCCUCUCUCCUCCUCCUCCUCCCGACUACUCACCCCAUCCAACACGUCCACAGCGCACCACCUGUCCCCCCAGGCGCUCAAGUGGAGGGAGUACCGUCGUAAGAACCCACUCGGGGUGGACCGGGGCCCGUCGGGCUCGCCCGCCUCCCUGGCCAGCAGCCUGGACACCAGGAGGGGGUGUGGCGGCAGUCGGCUGACCCGCCGAAAUGUCUUUGACUUCCCGCCGGCCGCUCAAGCCCUGAGCCGACUCAACGCUCACUCGAUGAGGCAGUUCCAGCAGUGCUACAGCGACUUCCUCCCUGAUUACUUCUCCCAGACGGAACGCCCUCCUGAGGAGUUCUGUCUGUCUCCGGACGGAUCCUCUGACGAGUCCUCCAUCUCUGUGGACCUUCUGCAAAAGAGAGGUCUGGUGAAGGCUGUUAACACUGCAGUGGAUCUUAUUGUGGCACAUUUUGGAACCAGUCGAGACCCAGGAGUAAAGGCCAAACUGGGCAACAGCUCCGUCAGCCCCAACGUGGGACACCUGAUUCUGAAGUACCUGUGUCCGGCCAUCCGAGAGAUCCUGCAGGACGGACUGAGGUCCUACGUGCUGGACCUGAUCAUCGGCCAGCGCCGGAACCAGCCUUGGAGCGUGGUGGAAGCCUCGACCCAGCUGGGGCCGUCAACGCGAGUGCUGCACAGCCUCUUCACCAAAGUCAGCCAGUACUCGGAGCUCACCAGUCACAGCAUGAGGCUCAACGCAUUCAUCUUCGGCCUUCUGAACUUGCGAUCUCUGGAGUUCUGGUUCAAUCAUAUCUAUACACAUGAAGACGUCGUGGCAACCCACUACCACCCGUGGGGUUUCCUGACCCUGUCGCAGGGGGCGUGCCAGUCCCUGUUUGAGGAGCUGCUGCUUCUCCUGCAGCCGCUCUCGCUGCUGCCCUUCGACCUGGACCUCCUGUUCGAGCCGCACCUCCUGCAGAAGGGCCAGGAGCACCUCCGCCGCAAGGAGCAGCUGUGCUCCGCCGGCCAGGGCCUCGACCAGUCCGCCCGCUCCACCUUCCAGCUGAUGCGGAGCCGGGGCGCGGCGGGGGCCGAGCCAAUCAGCGAGGAGGAGGCGGGUCACCUGAGGGAGAGCGCGACGCUCGGCCAGGACGGGUCGUGGCCCAGAGCGAGGAGCGGAGCGGCCAAGCGGUGCUCGUCCGAGCCGCGGCGCCUGGGGUCGGGCAGCGAGGAGCCGGGAGCGGCCAGGCCGGCGACGAUGGCGGCAGCUAGCGACGACAUGGACCUGUGGAGGCGCGGGGAGGCCGGCCGGAGAGGGGCGUCCAGAGCCGAGGAGAGGAUGAAGGGCGUCGGGGGAGAGUGGCCGGACGCGGAGCCCUCCUCGCAGGCAGCGGUGACGGUGGCGGCCGCAGGGCCCGGGGCAGUGGACGGCGCCAGGCAGAGGAGCAGGCAGGCCGGCUGGUGGUACCAGCUCAUGCAGAGCUCGCAGGUCUACAUCGACAACUCGGCCGAGGGCUCCAAGUUCGUCAAGUGGGAGAAGAGGAAGAAGUUGUCGACGUCGUCGUCGUCCGGCGGCGGUGGGGACGGCCGGCGACAGAGCCACCCGCCGGCCCGCGAGGGGGUCGUGGACGCCGAGGCCGGCCAGCCCGCGCCGGAGGAAGGACACGAGCGGAGACGCAGCAACCGGACUAGCAGCAGCAGCAGCGGCAGCAGCAGCAGCAGUGGCCAGUCCGCGGAGCCCAAGAGAACGGGCAAAGGCAGGUCCACGUGGAUGGGCAGUCCGCCGGAGUCGGUGCUGACCGAGCUGAAGAAGAGCCAGGACGAGGAGCCGGAGGGACAGGAGGCCCCGGCAGUGGCGGCGGCGGCGGUCAGUGCGAGCGGUCCUCCAGCGGGAGCUGCGGAGGAGAGUCCAGGCCAGGGGAUGCGCUGGGGGAGGCUGUUCGGAGCCGUCACUACUCCCAAGGCUGAGAGGACCGAGCAGAAAUCUGCCAGGUGCCCCAAGAACAGACCCAGACCGUCGGGAUGGCUCAGUUUGGACCGGUCAGUCCUGGGUCUGGUGGCUCAGACGGUUGGUGCAGUCAGACGGACGGACGUUCCAGCAGAUCUGACCUCUGCGUCUCACAGUGAAGGACGCUCCGCAGAGCAGCAAGCACAAGCUCCAUCUGUGGAACAGAAAGCUCCAUGCGAGGUGCGGGCUCUCUGCCAUCACGUGGCGUCUGACCCUGGCCACCUGAGCUUCCACAAGGGUGACGUGCUGCGGGUGCUGAGUCGUGCCGACCAGGACUGGCUGCUGUGCUCCCUGGGGGACACCCGCGGCCUGGUGCCCAUCAUCUACGUCACCCUCAAUGACCAGAGCAGAAGCCAGAGCAGUAGCCAGAGCUAUAAUGGUCAGGGCCAGGGCCAGAGCCAGAGCCAGGGCCCACAGCUGGCUCACUGAGGGGCCGGGCACUGGGGCCCAGGGGGCUGUGGGUGUUUAUGGCUGAGGGCUGAUGUGGAGGUGGACCAUGGAAAGGAAAGGAUGGGAUGUCGGUACACACACACACACACACACACACGGAGAGACACACACACAUACACACACACACACACACACACAUGCACACGCACACACAGAGAGACACACAUAUGAAUACACUGGAGUGUGACAGAGCCGAAGAUGACUGGGAGUCCACUAUGGCUAAAGCACCAUCGCUGUUACGGAAAAAAUAUUCGCAUGUACGAGCACAGGCAUACGCACACUCAAACACACACACAGACACACACACACACACAUUCUCAAACACAGAUACACACAAAUGCAUACACGUUAAUGCACACAGUAUUGAAUGGUGUACAACAUACACUGACUGGAGCAGAGGUAUUGGUCUGUGGUCCAUCUGUGCAGAGAGCCCAGGCACAUUUCACAGAGGCCAUCUCCAUCGGCAUCAUGCUUUGUCAUGCUUUGUGUACAAAAAAGAAGGUCCCUUGCUUCGCCAACUUCCCUGGUGUGAAACCGUCUGAAACCUGACAACAAUCAACUCAUCAACUACCAGGACUCAACUGAAGUCGUGCAGGACAUCGAGGGCACAGUUCAUAGCAAAGCGUUCCACCGUCAGGGUGUAAAAAUGGAGACUUGAUGGACUUGGUGUGUAUAGAUUGACUGAAGCCCUGUUUGGGAAGAAAGAAAGCCUUUAAUUUAUUAUGGACUGUAUUAUCGAUCGAACACUAUUCUAAAAAAGAAACAAAUGUAGAUGCAUAACAUUUUGUGACUGUCAAAGUGUCCGUGCAUUGAUGUCUCAGAGGAUUUAGCCACAUCACUGGGGUUCCCUCCAUGCAUGCCAAAGCAAUGAAGGGAUUAACAGCUCAAAAAAACUACUAUUGAUGAAUGAUGUUGACAUUAGUCAGUUGUGCUAUUUGAAGGUACUAGGUUGGGUCUGGCAACUCAAGUAAACCAUGAGAGAAGGACACAAACACACAUAUAUGGACAUUACACCCGCCAUUUUAUCAUACUACAAAACCAAGGUAGCAAACAGAUCAUACCUCCUCUGCCUUAAGACAACCGGACUCCCCUUCCUUAUUUAUCCGUGGUCCCCAUGGCAACAUUUCCUUUCGGCAGACUGGAGGAGAGCCCUCAUUGGACAGAUGGAUACAAGCCUCUCCCCUCUGACCCACUGCCACCUCAUCAUUGGGUGCUUGUUGUGCGGAGAGGCGUAUCCAAUUUUUUUUUGUUUUGUUUUUAUGCAUGUGAUCCUACGCCAAUAUUGUUUCCCUGAUGCUUGCACCUGUCUUGCACCCUUUGAGCACUGCUCCUCAACUCAACCUCAACGGCACCACUGCAGGGAGAACGUAGAGAUGAAAAUGAUUCUGUCACGAGUAACAGAACUACUAAACAAGGAGGCUUUGCUAGCGUAGAAAGCAGUAUUCGUUUGUUUCGGUGGGUAGGACGGUUUUCGUUGUUUUAGUAUUUAUUUGGUGAGUCGGUCAGUAGCGAGUUGUGCGUGGAUAGCCGGUUUGAGGCAGUGGCCCUGUCCACUACAGCUCUCGGUUGUGGUGGAAGCCAACAGCUCUUUGACCGUCAGCGUGCCCUUGCCAAUGUCUAGCACACGUUCUCAUUGGCACCUUAUUUAAUUACAACAUAUUUCAUGCAAAAUAAUGUUAUUCCAUUAUGCGUUAUCAUCACAGUGGUAUACAGUAUAGCCCAUGUAUCUAAAUAUGCUUGUGACAAAGGGUCUGAAACAAUGACUGGAUGUUUUACGGUCAUUGCUCUGUAACAGAAUAUGUACAGUAUAGGGACCCCGUUGGUGGCUCAAGUUAUGAAUGAAUGAAUAUUGAGAGAUUAUUAGAUAUUUAUUUUUUUGUAGUUUGUUUGUUUGUUUGUUUGUUUGUCGUCGUCCCCCCCCCGCCCCCCCUUUUUAUGUUGUCGCCACACCCCUAGAAUGAACAGAUAGAGAAAACGUAAAUAAUAUAUGAGUGGACAAGUGCCAUAUGAGGGAUGUAUGCCACAUUUAAGUGGUGCUUUAUCGGGCAUUUAUGAUCCAUGUUUAAAUAUGUACAUUGACUUGAUAGCAUUGAGUGGCCUUAGAUUUGGAAUGUGUCUAUUUCUCUAUCACUACUCGUUAACUAAUGGGGUGGAGUUUAGUUAUUCUGUUGCUCUACCAGAGGCUAAGCUAAUAUAAGUACAUAUGUGACUAUGUUUAACCACAUUGAGUUGACAGUCAUUUAAUUUAAUUGUUUUUUGUGUUGAUGUACAGUUAUAUUAUUUUUGUAUCUUUUUAGUACGGACAUAAUUUAAUUUGGAUUGUUUGUUGUUGUGUUCCAUUUGAUUUCUCCAUGUGUUUUUAAAGUGAGAGCACCUUUAUGAGCGUUGCUAAUGUUAUAGAUCACAUACAGCGAAACACUAACGACAUCACCCAAUGCGCGUGUGUGUAUGUCAUGUGAUUGCGCCCAAAUCGGAAGUAGUAGAACCUACCCGAUGGUUUUUGCUGAAUGGAUAUCAGAGGCGGACAUCCCAGGUUCAGAAAGUGAAAGUCCUGCCAAAUAUUUGACCCAACCAUUUAGUAAACCAGCUCAUCCUAGCAGUGAUAUCACCUGUUUUAAGUAGGAAAAGGACAGAUAGGAAGAAUAUAUGGCAGGACUUUUACUUUCUGGAACCCGGGAUGUCCACCUUGAUGGAUAUCUUCUCUGGUGCCGUCUCUCUCUCUCUCUCUCUCUCUCUCUCUCUCUCUCUCUCUCUCUCUCUCACUCUCUCUCUCUCUCUUUCACACUGGCUGACUCGCACCUUGGCCUGCGUCGGCUGAAUCCUCACUAGAGCUGUAUCCCUUUGUCUUCCAGGCACGCUUCGCUGUCCAUCGACAUCUUGUAGGCUAACGUGUCUCACACACACACACACACACACACACACACACACACACACACACACAGGUAGUGUUGGUCAAACGUGGUAGUGGUCAUAGUAGAAAGGCAGAAGAGUGAAAGAGAGAGAGAGAGGAAAUGAGUGAGGGAGAAGGACAGAAGGAUGGAGGAAAGGAAUGAGAGAGUAACAGACUGGUUGAAGAAAGUGAAUUCUUAGAGUGGAAGAGAGAGAGAAAGAAAGAAAUAGAAAAAAGAAAGAAAGAGAUUUGAUUUUAAAAUGUUCUUUAUUACAAGAAAGAAAGAAAGAGAGAGAAAUAUGUAAUUGAAAGAUGCUUUGGCAUCCUUUCGGAUUGCCUUUUACAAUGACGUUCAAAACUAAUCAUGAUACCAAUGAAGCUUUUGAGAUUUGAUCUAAAGAAAAGCACAUUAGUGCCUUUUUUUUCUUGAAACAAGAAUAAUAUUGCAUGUGGAUUGGCCCGCUUCACUGUAAAGUGAAGGAUGUGUUUUUUUAGGUCGAAGCUGGUAGCACAUAGGAAAGCCUAGAAGAAGAAUGAGACAAUUUCCUCCCUCUCUCCUGUUUUUUUUUUGUUUGUUUGUUUUGCCUAAUUAGUUCUGUCGCUCCUGCUUGUACAUACCAGUACCUCACGUGGCACCUCUGUUCUUUCCCUGACCAUGCUGUAUGAUGUCUGAUGGCAUUGCCAACAUAAUAUGGAUAUUAAUAACAAAGUGCUCAUGUGGACACAGUUA